GGUCACUUCCUGGAACAACUGCUGCCUUGGGUACGAGAGUCACUACUGGUUGGGCCAUUUCCCACCAUGAGGCAGGGGCUCUGCCAUGGCAGACCCUGCGACAUCAACUGCGGUAAUGAGUGACACAAAUGGCUACAUCAACUCCUUCGACCAGGGAUCAGUCAAGAUCAAUGGGUCCCACAAUGGCGGCUCAUACAUGGAUAGCAUGCACAUAAAUGGCGGUGGGAACAAGACAUGCCUCCCACUCAAUGGCUACUCUACAAAGGGCAGUGGGAUUAUUGGACCUCUGUCAAGUGAAUUUAUCCCAAUAACCAACAAUAAGAUCAGCAGCCAGAUGAAUAAUGGAAAUAAAGGCCAUCAGCUCAGCAGCUUCCAAAAUGGCCGCACAAAUACCUUUGACCAAGAAUAUAUUAGUGGAUGUGUGUUGAAUGGUCAUAUGAAGGACAGUGGAAACAGCACUGGGAACUUCAGAACCUUUGGCAAUGGCCACCUAAAUGGUUUUUCAAAGGUUUCUCUCAAUGGUCACGUGAAAGACCACUCCAGUGACUGCUAUGAGGUGGAAAGUAGCAGCAGUAAUAACAGUAAGAAUGUAAUGUUCAAGUCUGAUAAAUCACAGUUGAGGAACAACAAAAAUGUUGAUACAAAGGUUAGUGGAAACAGUGAGAGCGAUAACAGUGGAAGUGAUGUAACAAAUGGUAAAGCCAAGAAAGGUGAAGCAGGUGAUGAAAUUAGCACUGAACUGUGAUAGUUGUGUGUUGUUCUGUGUGUAUAUAGAGUUUAUAUUUUGUUACUGAUUUUAUGAGCUGUAAAUGCCUUGU